AUGUUAUAUGUGGCAACCCAAUCAUCGGAAGAUCUCUUCCGUAUGGCAUCUGUGUGCCCAUUGUUCCAUACGCUGGCAAACACUCCACAAGUGUGGAACACCAUUUCAAUGGCAAAGUACCCAGACCAUCAUAGCUGGUACCAUGCUAAUCCUGCAAUCCAGCAUUUCUUGCAACAAUGCAGGGCUUGCGAGAACCCUGAGUCAAUAUUUAGAGAAGUGUUCGAAGUGUUUUUCAUGCAGGGUAACGUGGAAGCGUUGUAUAGGAUGCGCAUUGCAUCCACGACAGGCCAUAUGGAAGCGGCAUAUCUAGUUGGACUACUUGGCAUGUUCGGAAUUAGUCAAUCAAAAGAGGAUGCAUUAGAAUUUUUGUGUGCUUUGAAUCAACGUAACAACAUUGAUAUGAAAGGAACCAGGGAUGCUUUGAAACGAAGAUUAAGCCAAGUUUUCUCUGUUGCAAGACACAUCGUAGAUAUGUUUUACUAUGGGAAGAUUAAGUUCAAUCACUGCAGCGCUUCUAACAACAACGAAUGGUGUUUUGUUAUUCAAGGCUGGCCUACUGAAGCAAAGAUAAAUCCUGCCUUCUGGACUUGUUGCAAUCGAUGCAAAUGGCACCGUGAGAGUGUUUUUUGGUUCAAGUUCUAG